GACCUGGACGGCGACUACACCUGCAAGUGUUCUUCUCCGUUCUUGGGGAACACCUGCCAUGUCCGCUGUGCCGUUCUCCUGGGCAUGGAAGGAGGAGCCAUCUCUGACGCCCAGCUCUCUGCAUCUUCUGUCUACUAUGGCUUCCAGCGCUGGGGGCCAGAGCUCGCCCGCCUCAACAACCAUGGCAUCGUCAAUGCCUGGACCUCCAGCAACUAUGACAAGAGCCCCUGGAUCCAGGCCAACCUGCUGCGGAAGAUGCGGCUGACGGGCGUCAUCACGCAGGGCGCUCGCCGCGUGGGCCAGGCAGAGUACGUCCGUGCCUACAAAGUUGCCUACAGCCUGGACGGGCGAGAGUUCACCUUCUGCAAGGACGAGAAGCAGGAUGCAGACAAGGUUUUCCAGGGGAACAUGGACUACGGCACCAUGCAGACCAACAUGUUCAACCCUCCCAUCACGGCCCAGUUCAUCCGCAUCUACCCCGUGAUGUGCCGCCGCGCCUGCACGCUGCGCUUUGAACUUAUCGGCUGCGAGAUGAAUGUGUAUUUCAACACGGCAGGUUGCUCGGAGCCUCUGGGCAUGAAAUCCCGCCUGAUCUCCGACCAGCAGAUCACAGCCUCCAGCGUCUUCAAGACCUGGGGCAUCGACGCCUUUACCUGGUACCCCCAUUACGCUCGCCUGGACAAGACGGGCAAAACCAACGCCUGGACAGCACUCCACAACGGCCAGUCCGAGUGGCUGCAGAUCGACCUCCGGGACCAGAAGAAGGUGACGGGCAUCAUCACGCAAGGAGCUCGCGACUUCGGGCACAUCCAAUACGUGGCAGCCUACAAGGUGGCCUACAGUGACAACGGCACGUCCUGGACCCUCUACCGGGAUGGCCAGACAAACAGCACCAAGAUCUUCCACGGUAACAGCGACAACUACUCACACAAGAAGAACGUGUUUGACGUGCCCUUCUACGCCCGCUUCGUCCGCAUCCUGCCCGUGGCUUGGCACAACCGCAUCACCCUGCGCGUGGAGCUGCUGGGCUGCGACGAGUAG